UUGAUGACGUAGACCUCCUCUUGCACAACGCUGUGUCCUAAAGCAUGACAUCGUCUCUGUGAAAUCAAAAAACGAUUUCACAAUCACUCGCACAUUAGGAGCUCUCUUUUUCAAGUUUCGAUUUCAUUUUGGAAUUAUGGCUAUCCGCGCACAGUUCGAGGGAAAUAAUGAAGUUGGAGUUUUCUCCAAACUCACAAACAGUUAUUGUCUGGUUGCAAUAGGAGGGUCUGAGAACUUUUACAGUGUAUUUGAAGGAGAGUUGUCGGAAGCUAUCCCAGUUGUCCAUGUCUCUUUAGCAGGAUGUAGAAUAAUUGGAAGAAUGUGUGUUGGAAACAGGCACGGUUUGUUGGUACCAAGUACAACAACAGAUCAGGAACUUCAGCACAUACGUAAUUCUCUCCCAGACAGUGUUUCUGUCCAGCGUGUUGAGGAGAGAUUAUCUGCUCUUGGUAAUGUUGUAACGUGUAAUGACUAUGUUGCACUUGUACAUCCAGAUCUGGACAGAGAAACAGAAGAAAUCAUCGCAGACACACUGAAGACAGAAGUAUUCAGACAGACAGUGGCAGAGAAUGUCCUGGUUGGGAGUUACUGUGCUAUCAGUAAUCAAGGAGGCCUGGUUCAUCCAAAAACAACAGUAGAAGAUCAGGAUGAACUGUCAUCACUUUUACAAGUUCCUUUAGUGGCUGGUACAGUAAACAGAGGCAGUGAUGUUAUAGGGGCUGGACUGGUAGUUAACGACUGGAUAGCUUUCUGUGGACUGGAUACAACAAGUACAGAACUCUCUGUCGUAGAAAGUGUAUUUAAACUUGGUGACAGACAACCUAGCAAUAUCACAACAGAAAUGAGGGAAAGUUUGAUCGACAGUAUGACGUAAAGCAGAACUACUCGGCAUACGUUUAUACGACAUGCAGACAGCAGGCUGUUAAAUGAUUGGUGUUUAAUCUUACCAAUAUUUAAAACAAACUUUGUACAUAGUGAUGACAUCAACCUAGGUUGAUAUGUAUAAACAUCAUGUCAUUCAGGAAACACAAGAAACCUGUUAUCAGAAUGGAUGGACACUGUGUCGGAAGGGAAACGUUAAGUUAGCCAAGUAUUUGAAAGUUUCAUGUACAUAAACAAUUUACUGAAAUGUUGAUACGAGUCAGGUUGCCUUUCUUGUUACUCAUGGUAUCGCUAGUUGUAACAUGUAUGAUGCCAAGUACUAUGGAUCUGAUUCAUUGAUAUUGAUGAAUACAUCAUUGUAUAAAUACUAAAAUCUUUGGUUACCCAUCAUCUAAAUGUAUCACCUGUUUCAUAUGAAGUACCAAACAUGGAUUUGAAGAUUUGUUGUUACACAUAUUCUGCAAGGGACAAAUCAUGAAGAAAUAAAUAUCAAAAAUAA